CGGUCUUCGUCGACGGUCCACGUGGAGGUGCAGCUCAACCUGGGGGGCGCCGCCGCCGAGAAUCUGACGGCCGCCGCCGAGCCGCCCGACUACGCCGAAAACGACACGGUCCCCGCUGUCAGGGCCCGCGCGCCACGGCCACAGCGCCGCCCCGCCAGGAACGCGUUCGUGAUGAUGGCCUUUGACCUCCCCGGCCGACAGCCGCGCGGCCUGUGGAACGUGCUGGCGAUGGCCGACGUGAUCAGGACCGUCAGCAAAUACCCCCUGGUCCUGUUGACGAACACGACCCAGUGGCCGGAUGGGACGGACGUCGUGUCCAGUUUCGCUCAGCUGGGCGUGCGGGUCCUCCCAGUCAUGGACGUGCCCGUCCCGGAAGCGGUGUUGCACGAGUACAGGGACAUGCCUUGCCAGUACGAGAACCCGCCGGUGUGCGUUCACCAGUUCCUGAAGUUGCAGAUCUGGCGGCUUCAGGAG